GCAUAGAAUGUUACAAAAACAAAUCAAGAGGGGUUGAUAGAAAGAAGUUGCAGACCUCUUUCUCUAUUGUCUGGUUUGGAGGGCAGUUGGUGAUUUUGAAUAUUAGGCCUUGUCUUCUCCUUUAAAAGUCUUCCCUACCAUUGCUCAUUUCCACCAUCUCUCCCUUGUCAUUUCCUAACCCAAUUCUCCCUUCUUCAAACAUUGUUGAACUUCUGGAUAAUCCAUUCAAUCUUAGAAAAACCAGCACAGACAGGUUUGAAGGCAUUUUGAUCAUCAAGAACAAUGACAGUCAAGAAAAUCACAUGUUGGUCUAUAGUCCCAAGUUGCUACAAGUCUGAGUUCCAAGCUCCCAAGAACAAAGCAAAGGUGAUAGCAAAGCAGACUUCAUUCCAGAGGCUUUCGCUUUCGGAUUUGAGCAAUCCCAGCUCGACUACACUUUCAGAAGAUCUCUCUAUAUCUCUUGCAGGCUCCAAUCUUCAUAUUUUCACACUUGGGGAGCUGAAGGUGAUCACACAGAGCUUCUCAUCCAGCAACUUUCUUGGAGAGGGCGGGUUUGGGCCCGUCCACAAAGGGUUCAUCGAUGACAAGCUUAGACCUGGUUUGGCUGCUCAGCCUGUGGCUGUUAAGCUCUUGGACUUGGAUGGAACACAGGGGCAUAGAGAGUGGUUGACUGAGGUUAUCUUUCUUGGGCAAUUGAGGCAUGCACACCUUGUGAAGCUCAUAGGGUAUUGCUGUGAAGAUGAACAUAGGCUAUUGGUGUAUGAAUAUAUGCCAAGAGGCAGCUUAGAGAAUCAGCUAUUCAGAAGGUAUUCAGUAUCACUGCCAUGGUCAACCAGAAUGAAGAUUGCUCUUGGAGCUGCAAAGGGUCUUGCUUUCCUACAUGAAGCAGAGAAACCAGUUAUAUACCGAGAUUUCAAAGCUUCGAACAUCUUGUUAGAUUCUGACUAUACUCCCAAGCUCUCAGAUUUUGGUCUAGCAAAAGAUGGUCCAGAAGGAGAUGACACACAUGUUUCGACAAGAGUCAUGGGAACACAAGGCUAUGCUGCUCCUGAAUACAUUAUGACGGGUCACUUGACGGCGAUGAGUGAUGUGUAUAGCUUCGGAGUGGUACUUUUGGAGCUACUAACAGGAAGGAGAUCGGUGGAGAAGAGCCGUCCUCAUAGAGAGCAGAACUUAGUAGAAUGGGCAAGGCCAAUGCUGAAUGAACCCCGAAAACUCAGCCGAAUAAUGGAUCCGAGACUAGAAGGACAAUACUCUGAAAUGGGGGCCAGAAAGGCUGCUGCAUUGGCUUACCAAUGCCUGAGCCACCGGCCUAAACAAAGACCGAAAAUGUGUGAUGUGGUGAAGACAUUAGAGCCCCUCAAGGAUUUUGAUGACAUUCCCAUUGGACCCUUUGUGUACACAGUUCCUACUGAUAAAUCCGAUAAUUCAAUUAAGGAUGUGAAGGAAGGCAAUGCACAGAGGGAAUCAAAGAAGAAGUGCGGCCACCAUCACCAAAACCAGCAGCUCCACCAUGGCCAUAGGCAUCAUCAAAGGACUCCUCCAAAGUCUCCUAACUGUUACUCGGAAAAUUUGGUGCGCCAACGUCACAGAAGUCUUGAUUUGAACUCUCCUUUGCACCAUGGAGUCAAGGAAGCGUAGAGUACUAGUACAACAAUGUAAAGCAAGCCAUUCACACUGUACAUAGAAAAUUUUCAAAGUUGCUUAGUGUAACAAAUUCUUGUGAGAGGACAUAAAUGUUUUCUUUGA